UUAUCUUGAGGGUUUGUAUGUGAUUUUUAAGUUAUGUAGUUAAUAUAUAAAUGUGUUACAGAUGUAGCUUAUAUUUGUGCUAUGACAUGUUCUUCAUCUGUGGCUUAGCCGUAUGAAUGAUCUGUAGCUUGUAAUUAAAUUCUGUUUAGCCGUUCAUUUGAAUAUCUAUGAAGGGAGGUUGCCUUUGUAGUUUAAUAUUUGUGUUAUGCCAUUUACAUGUAUUUUAUUUUGAGAGCAUUUUAUUCUGAUUUUAGAAAAUUAUGGCGAAUAUUGCAUUGGGACUAGAUGCAAUUCGCCUAUCAGCCUUAAGGAAAGCAUCAGUUGUAUUUCCAAACAGCAAGUGUGCUGUUUAUGAUCUUUUGAAGAACAGAAGUGAAGAAAUGUGUGAGCUGAGUGAAAAUUUUCCCUCCCUUUCUACAAAAGAAUCGUAUGGUUCAGAUGUUGCAAUAAAUUGUAAUAUGAAUUCAUGUAUUGACAAUGUGGAAUUUGCUGGAGGAGAGGAUUAUUCAUCAUUGUCAACUUUGAAGCAGUUAUAUGAUAUGGACCAGCUGCGGCAAAGGAGAGUGAAGGAUUUCAUUAAUGAGCGUAUCAGGAACAUGGUGAAGGUCUCUCAGAUUCGCCAAAUGGAGUUCCACAGUAAAUAUCAGUGUGUCCAGCAUGAGAUCCAAGCAAAGGUGCUUCGAUAUGAGCAGCAGAUUUUACGCCAAAUGCAAGAAGAUGAGAUUCUUGCAAAUGAGAGGCUACAGCAGUUGGCGCAACAAUACAAAAAGCAUACUCAACAUAUAAAUGAAAAGAUUAAGGAGGCACAAAGACAGAAAGAACCAGAGGAGGAAGAGAGAAAAAUAAUAAAUGAAAGAAAGAUCCAAAUUGACAAAGUGCAUCAGUAUCAUAUCGAGUAUCAGACAAAAUGCAAACAGAGUGUUGAAGCAUCUAG